AUGGAAAGGAGCAACCUCAAGUUGAAAGUGGAGGUUGUGAGCGCCAGGAACCUUUUGCCGAAAGAUGGACAAGGCUCAGCCGGUGCUUUUGCGGAGCUCCAGUUUGAUCAUCAAAACUUCCAGACCACCACAAAAGAAAAUGGUGUCGAUCCUGCUUGGAAUGAAAGCUUCUACUUCAACAUCUCUGAUCGCGAACACUUACCUAGCCUCACUCUUGAAGCAACUGUUUACCACCACAAUGAACCAAACUCCAAAUCUUUCCUGGGAAAGGUUUGUCUUCCCGGGACUUCAUUUGUCUCAGACCCUGAUGCUGUUGUUUUGCGGUACCACCCUCUGCGAAAAAGAAGCAUUUUAAGCUCGCGUGUGAGAGGAGAGCUUGGUUUAAAAGCUUUGGUUACUUAUGAUCAUGGUCAACCCCUUCCGACCCCAAAUCAACCACAGCAGCAGCAGAAUGUACCAAGGGCUCCUAUAAAUGUUCCACAUAACUCAGGUACUUCAUCAUCUAAAUCAUAUGAUUGUUUGCUUAAAGAAACUAGUCCUGUACUGGGAGGAGGGGAAAUUGUUCGAGGGCGAUUCAUCGCAGAGAAACAGGUCAGCCCGUAUAACCUUGUUGAAACGAUGCAUUACCUGUUUGUACGAAUUGUGAAGGUGCGUGACCUACAUUUGAAAAAUAUAACAGGAACCUCCUAUGUUUCACUAAAAAUUGGGUACUACAAAGGAAAUACAAAGCCUUUAUUAGAGCACUCGCACAAUCCAGAAUGGAAUCAAGUAUUUGCUAUCAAAAGGGAACAUAUGCAGUCUCCUGUGAUGGAUGUUCUGGUGAAACAUUACAGUCCUGAAAACAACAAUGAAGGUGAUCAAUUUGAAGGGGCAUUACAAAUAAAUAUCCAUGAAGUUCAUCCUCGAGUUUCACCUAAUAGUCCAUUGGCUCCAAAAUGGUAUGCGAUUGCAGACAAGAAUGGGGACAAAAACGGGGAUUUGAUGCUUGCUGUAUGGAAAGGCACACAAGCUGAUGAGGCUUUUCCAGAUGCCUGGCAUUCUGAUGCACCUCUUCCUCCCAACGUUUCUUCAGUUACUUAUGAACAGAUCCGAUCAAAAGUGUACCACACACCAAGGUUAUGGUACAUAAGAGUAAAUGUGACUGAAGCACAAUUGUUUGAAUACGGCAUGUCCCGCGUCCCCAAUGCAUAUGCACAGCUACAGAUUGGUAAUCAGUGUUUAAAGACAAAAGCAGCGGACUCUGAAGGACCGAACUCAAUCUGCUGGAAUGAGGAAAUGGUAUUUGUUGCUGCUGAACCAUUUGAUGAUGAGCAUCUGAUCGUUUCAGUUGAAUAUGCCGUAGGUCCAGAAGAAUACAAGAGCUUUGGAAGUGUUUCCAUACCAUUGAACUCUGUUGAGAGGUAUGAAGAUGAUCGAACUAUAUGCGGUAAGUGGUUCAACCUCGAAAAGUCCAUAUUCGCUGAUGUGAUGGGAAAUGACGCAGAAAUCUCUUCCAGUAAAAUCCAUUUGUGUGUAUGUCUUGAUGGAGGGUGCAACGUGCUUAAUGGGCCAACUAAGCAGCUCGGGAGUCCCAUUGGUGUCUUAGAGCUUGGAGUUAUAGCUGCUGGAAAGCUAUUGCCAAUGAAAAGUAGGAAGGGUAGGGGUACAUCAGACCCCUAUUGUGUAGCAAAGUAUGGAGAUAUAUGGUUUCGUACUCGAACCAUAGUAGACAGCUUGAACCCGAAAUUCAAUGAGCCGCACAAUUGGGAUGUUUAUGAUCCUGCCACUGUUCUCACAGUGGCUAUUUUUGACAACCAGAUUGAUGGCGACUCAGAUGACAACAAACAUGUGGAAAUCGGCAAGGUCCAAAUUCCAGUCUCUACCCUUGAGUCUGGCCGAAUCUACACGCUGUUAUACCCACUAAUAUCCCUUAGUUCUUCUGGUCUCAAUAAGAAGGGUGAAUUACAUGUUGCAGUAAGAUUUUCAUACACAUCAUUCAUUAACAUGAUGUUCACAUACUCUCAACCCCCUUGGCAUGUCAACGUAUGUGAGCAAGCUGUCUCGGCAGUGGCAGCUCAUUUUGGUCAGGCAGAAGCACCUCUUCAGAAGGAAGUAGUUCAAUGCAUGUACUCUGAUGUAAACUCCCAUGUUUGGAGCUUGAGGCGUAGCAAAGCAAACUUUUUCAGAGUGAUGUCAGUUUUAUCGGCAUUUCUUGCUGUGGGAAAAUGGUUUGAAGAAGUAUGCAUGUGGAAGAACCCCAUUACAACAGCACUAGUACAUGUUCUGUUUGUGAUGCUGGUAUGCACUCCAGAACUGAUUUUUCCUACUGUUUUCCUGUACAUGUUUGCUAUAGGGGCUUGGAAUUUUCGGUAUCGCCCAACGUGCCCUCCUCACACGGACAUAAAGUUCUCACAUGCAGAUUCUGUGCACCCUGACGAGCUUGAUGAGGAGUUUGACACUUUUCCAACAUCACGGGAGCGAACGCUCACGAUGAUGAGGUAUGAUCGCCUGAGGAGUAUUGCUGGAAGGAUUCAAACCAUGCUGGGUGACAUUGUAAUCCAUGGAGAGCGGAUUCAGGAACUACUGAGUUGGCGAGAUCCUCGUGUCACUACUUUAUGUAUAACAUUGUGUCUUGUGUGUGCUAUCAUAUCGUAUGUGACACCUUUCAAGGCAAUUGUUAUUCUUGUUGGGUUUUACCUUAUGAGGCACCCUUGGUUCAGGAGUAAGACACCACCGAUCCUGUUGAACGUCCUCGAAAGGCUGCCGGCUAAAACGGAUUGCAUGUUGACCAGUAGCCUAGAGAGUUGAGACUGUGAACCGGCUGUUGGCUUGCUUCCAUUCCCCUUUAUUUAUUGUUCAACUUGUUAAUUUUAUGAAACUAAUGCUUGAUCUGGUCUUAUUUGAAUUUUGCGUUGCACAUGCAUAUACAACUUAUGUAUGUAUAUUCUAAA